AUCAGGGCUCUAGAGCGCCACCUCAUUUCUCCAUGGUGCAACUUUGGCUACGUCCACACUCGCCCGGAUAGAUUUGAAAACAGCGCUCCGUGUCCACAGUAGCGUUUUCAGUUGUUCUCACAGAGUUGCGCGUCCACAUUAAAACGGCCGGAAACGCUUACGUUCCAGUCCUGCGCAUGCGUGAAACGCAAGACGAUUCGACCGGUCUCAUUUCUGUCGGCCAUUUAUUUACUUUCCGGCUGUUUGAAACGUCGCGGCAAAAGGUGGAGGAAAAGGACUGAGUUUUUUAAAUGGACUAACAAUGAGAGUGCAGACAUGUCUGCUGCCAGCAAUCUGCGAUCUGAAGAUCAGUUUCUGUGCUCCAUCUGUCUGGAUGUGUUCACUGAUCCAGUCACUACAUCAUGUGGACACAACUUCUGCAAAACCUGCAUCAGUCAGCACUGGGACAUGAAUCAGAGCUGUCAGUGUCCCAUGUGUAAAGAGACUUUCUACACUAGACCUCAGCUGAAGGACAACACCUUCAUCUCUGAGAUGGUUGCUCAGUUCAGACGUGAAGCUCAGCAGAAAGCCAGCAGCAGCAGCUCAGAGCAACAAGCUGCCAAACCAGGAGAAGUUCCCUGUGACGUCUGCACUGGAACCAGACUGAAGGCCCUGAAGUCCUGCCUGGUGUGUCAGACCUCCUACUGUCAGACUCACCUGGAGCCUCAUCUGACAGUGAAAGGCCUGAAAAGACAUCAGCUGAUUGAUGCUGUGGAGAACCUGGAAGGCAGGAUGUGCACGAAGCACAAUAACCUUCUGCAGCUGUUCUGUAAGACCGACCAGACAUGUGUCUGCAUGCUCUGCUCUGUUUUAGACCACAAGAACCACGAGUUUGUUCCUCUGAGAGAAGAAUAUGAAGGAAAGAAGGCAGAGCUGGAGAAGACAGAGGCUGAGAUUCAGCAGAUGAUCCAGAAGAGACGACUGAAGAUUCAGGAGAUCACAGAGUCGGUGAAGAUGAGUAAAGAUGCUGCAGACAGACUGAAAGCAGAAGGUGUUCAGGUCUUCACUGCUCUGAUGGAGUCUGUUGAGAGACGCCUGAAGGAGCUCAUGAAGGAGAUCGAAGACAAACAGGAAACUACAGAGAAACAGGCUGAAGGUCUCAUCAAAGAUCUGGAACACGAAAUCUCUGAGCUGAUGGAGAGAAGCUCUGAGGUGGAGCAGCUCUCAGGCUCUGAAGACCACCUCCUCCAAGGCUUCUCCUCCCUGAAAGCUGCUCCACCCAGCAAGGACUGGACAGAGGUCAGAGUUCAUCCACCAUCAUAUGAGGAGACCGUGGGGAGAGCUGUGGCUCAGCUGGAGGAGACAGUCUGGAAACCCAUGAAGAAGAAGCUGUUAGAGGCUGAGCUGCAGAGGGUGCAGCAGUAUGAGGUGGAUGUGACUCUGGAUCCUGAUACAGCAAAUCCAUGGCUCAUCCUGUCUGAUGAUGGAAAACAAGUGUAUCAUAGUGAUGUGAAGAAGAAUCUUCCAGACAACCCAGAGAGAUUUUCUCUGUGUGCUAAUGUUUUAGGAGAGCAGAGUUUCUCUUCAGGCAGAUUUUACUUUGAGGUUCAGGUUAAAGGAAAGACUAAAUGGACUUUAGGAGUGGCCACAGAGUCGAUCAACAGGAAGGGACAAAUCAUACUGAGACCUCAGGAUGGUUUCUGGACUGUAGGGCUGAGAAAUGGAAAUGAGUACAAAGCUCUUGCUGACCCUCCAGUCCGUCUCUGUCUUCAUCCUGGUCCUGAGAAGGUGGGGGUGUUUGUGGAUCAUGAGGAGGGUCUGGUCUCCUUUUAUGAUGUAGGUGCUGCAGCUCUGAUCUACUCCUUUACUGGCUGCUCCUUCACUCACAAACUCCACCCAUUCUUCAGUCCCUGUCUGAAUGAUGGUGGUAAAAACUCUGCACCUCUGAUCAUCUGUCCUGUCAAUCAAACUGAGUCGAUCAACGACUGAUUUUAUUUGAUGAACUGAUUGAUUUUUAUUAAAGGAAAUAUAACCCAGCUGGAGAAACGGUUAAAAAUAAGAUAAGCUUUAUAAGGUAUUUGUUUAGUUUCAGAAUCAUUCUUUUAUUUGUUUUAUUUCAUUGUCACAAGAAGUGAUAAUGUAAAAAAUGUUUUAUUUUCACGCUUCCUGCUGCUGGGCCUAGGAGGAGCUUUUAUUUUGAAGAUUAACAGGAGGUUGUGUGUUUUACGUGGCGUAGUGUUAGUGUUACCAUCCGAGGAAAAAGAAAAAUCUGACGCUAUCUUGAUUAGCAGCAGAAACUGUCUCGGUUAAGGAAGCAAAGCUUCAUAAAAGUUGUUAAAAAGUUAAUAGUGUUCCACGUGUCUCUGUAAGCUAACUGAUUUACCUUCUGUGUUUAAUGAUCAUAAUGAUGAUGCUAAUCAUAGUAGUUGAUGCAUAUUUGUCUACUGUAUGUGUCAUGUCAAUGAUGAGCGUUUGUGUUAUGAGGGAACAAAUGCAAUUUGAUAGCUUUUGUGAAUUUAGUGUAACGUAUGUUCUGAAGAAAUUUAAGCUUUAACAUUUGUAUUUUAUUUGUCUAAUAAAUGUGUUACGUGUGUGUCUAUUGCAA